AUGUCCCACAAGCAGGCCGCUCACACGCGCGAGAAGGAUGUCGCCUCAGACGCCGCAGGUGCAGCAGCGGUGCCUGAGGCGACCGCCGCGGAAAACAACGGCAAGUACAUCCAUCCCGAGGCAGCGUCCCUGUUCACCAGGUGCCCGUGGGCUCGCCGCGUCCCCGUGUUUGGCGAGGCUGUCGAGGCCUACGGGCUCAAGUUCAUCGUCGCGCUCGGCGCUAGCAACCUGCUCUGCAAGGGAAUUGCGGAUCAGAUUCUAUACGGUCAGACGUACGCCAUGAUGAUUGAUCGCUACGGCAUCGACGUGGCCCGCUACCAGCGCCUGUCCUCGAUUUCGACCAUGGGCUGGUCCAUCAAGGCCUUCACCGCCAUGCUCUGCGACGGCUUCGCCUUCCUCGGCUACACGAAGCGCUGGUACAUGUUCAUCUCCUGCGUCGGCGGUGGCGCGUUCGCGCUGAUCUACGGCCUUCUUCCGGCGAAGGAGGCGUCGGCUAACGUGGCAGCGGCCUUCAUCUUCCUGUCGAGCUGGGGCAAGGCCAACGUGGAUAUCCUGUCCCAGGGCCACUACAGUCGCCUGAUGCGCCAGAACCCAAAGCCUGGCCCGGCGCUGGUGAGCUGGAUGUGGUUCUGCAUAAUGAUUGGUUCACUCAUCGCGACUGUGAUGAACGGCCCGCUCGCGGAUGCCGGGAAGCCGCAGAUCAGCAUCUUCGUGUCCGCCGCGCUGCAGGCCAUCACCUGUGUCUUCUACCUGUUCAACUGGUACGGGGAGAAGAAGAAUCGCGUGCUGCGCUCCGAGGACGCGCUGUUCAUUCUGGAGGAGACGCGCAAGGAGCGUGAGCGCCUGGGCACCGAGCUGAUGGACAAGGGCAAGACGGGUGCGCAGGAUGGUGGUGCGACGAAGGGGAAGAAGAGCCCGCAGCGCUCGCACUCGGAUGAGGACGUGGAGGGUGCCGUACGGGAUGCCCUCAACGGCAGUCAGCACGACCACGGCGACCUUGUGCAGGACGUCUACGACGACGCGGAUGCCGACGGCGAAGAGCUGGCCGAGGACGAGGUGUACUACGGCAAGCCGCCGGUGCCGUGCCUGUUCGGGCUGUUCGAGGCAAACACGGAGGUGAUCUCGAAGAACUGGAAGAUCUUCGUGUACAGCGCUGUCAUGACCUGUGCUGUGAUCGCGAUGCUGUGCUGCAACAUCCUGGCCGACACGCUGGGCCUCCUGGUUGCGUGCGUCGUUGUGUCGACCAUCUGCUGCGCCACGUCCUUCUGGGCCCUGCCGCUGGUGAUUGCGAAGGCCAACGUCUUCGGCUACCUCCAGAUGGCGGUUUCCAUCCGUGUGAGCAGUCCCGUAAACGCGUUCUACCUGAACACCUACAACUGCCCUGGCAACCUGCCCAACUUCACCUACACCUUCUACGGCACGGUGGCUGGCGUCAUCAGCAGCGUCGUUGGUAUGAUUACCGUGGCGCUGUUCAACUUCCUGUUCGCGAAGCACGGCUACCGCCUCACCUUCAUUGUGACGACAAUCAUGCAGGUUAUGGGUGGUGUGUUCGACAUCAUCAUUGUGCAGCGCUGGAACCUGCACAUUGGCAUCCCGGACCACGCCAUGUACAUCUGGGGUGAUGCUGUUGUGGGUGAACUCGUGUACAUGCUCGGCUGGAUGCCGAUGAUUGUGCUACUGUCUCGCCUGUGCCCUCGUGGCUCGGAGAGUGUGGUGUAUGCGCUGAUGGCCGGCUUCUCGAAUCUUGGCCAGACCACCGCGGCGUCCCUCGGUGCGAUCAUCAUGGAGUACGGCCUGCCUGUGUUCGAGAGGCAGGAUGACGGCUCUCACUGCAACUACGAAAACCUGCCGCUGCUGCUGUUCCUGUGCAGCAUGUGCACGCCGCUGCUGGCGAUUCCGCUGAGCAUGAUACUGCUUCCGAAGGCGCGCAUCUGCGACGAUAUCGAUGUGGACGGCAAGGUGGUGCGCCAGGCCGUGGAUAAGCAGCUCGCAGCUGCUCCGGUGUCGAGCUCGGACUCGGACACGGUGAUGGCCGCCGAGCCGCUUCAUGGGUACAAGGCGGAUGAGCGCGAGGCGGCGCAGGGGCAGAAGUAG